CCCUUCUCAGCGGUCCUCCGCCCCCUCCUCUCUCGCCCCGCAGCAGAGCGUCCCCUCCCCCAACCCGUCGGUCUCCUCGGCGGCUACUGCAGAGGAUUCAGAGCCGAGUCGCUGAAGAGGAGGAGGCUCCCGGUCCCUGCGCGUCAUCCACCACCCCACGGACACGGGCGAGAGAGCGAGAUCGUCGCCGCUGCAGCCGCCAGAGAAGACAAGGGCAUCGCCGCCUCAGUCGCCGCCGUUUUCGCCUGCAGUCGCUUGCUGGAUCCUCAGUCUUCCACAAUGAACCCUGUUUACAGCCCCGUGCAGCCUGGGGCUCCCUAUGGCAACCCUAAGAGCAUGGCCUACACAGGUUACCCCACAGCCUACCCGGCAGCGGCUCCUGCUUACAAUCCCAGCCUCUACCCCACCAGUAGCCCCAGUUAUGCUCCAGCAACUCUGCUGAUGAAACAGGCCUGGCCACAGAACUCGUCUUCCUGUGGCACUGAAGGCACCUUCCACCUCCCAGUGGACACCGGGACCGAGAACCGAACUUAUCAAGCAUCCUCUGCGGCUUUCAGAUAUACUGCAGGGACACCAUACAAGGUCCCGCCAACCCAGAGUAAUACUGCUCCGCCCCCCUACUCCCCAUCACCCAACCCAUAUCAGACGGCCAUGUAUCCAGUCAGAAGUGCCUACCCCCAGCAGAAUCUGUAUGCCCAGGGAGCCUACUACACACAGCCAGUGUAUGCUGCCCAGCCCCAUGUUAUCCACCACACCACGGUCGUCCAGCCCAACAGCAUUCCCUCUGCCAUCUACCCAGCACCUGUCGCUGCCCCCAGGACCAAUGGUGUGGCCAUGGGCAUGGUGGCAGGCACCACUAUGGCGAUGUCAGCAGGUACCCUGCUAACUACACCCCAGCACACCGCGAUCGGGGCACACCCUGUCUCCAUGCCAACAUACAGGGCCCAAGGAACCCCUGCGUACAGCUAUGUGCCCCCACACUGGUAAAGCCUGCAGCCCAUCCAAAUCUGGAGUCACACAUUGUAUGCAACUACUCAAGUCUUACACAGGUGCUGGAGCAGUUCCCUAGCAGCACCACCUCUAUUUGCAAGAAGAGACAACGGAAGUGCAAGGGUCACUUUAUGCAUUUUAGUGGUUUGGGUUAUUUUUGAUUUUUGUAAAAGCUGCUUUUUCUAAUCUCCUGCCUCUCCCCAACUGCCCCCCUCUUAGCUGGCUGCCCUUCCAGCUCCACCUCCUCCUCCUACCUGACCAGCCACAUCCUCUCUGCUCUUCUUUUCUUCCCCAAGCGCUCAGUCCCCAGGGAUCCUAGUCUAGCAGCCAGCAGUGAGUGGAGUUUAUUGCAAUGGUUCAGCUGAAGGCUCAAUUUCAUUUGAAGAGCAUAAACAGAUGUGGCCCUCAGGUCCAGAGUAGGAACUCAGAGCUGUUGAGCAGGCCACAUCUCUGAGUUUUUUUUGGGGGGGGGUGGGUGUUUCUUAAGAUUAGUUUAGGACAUUACCAUGUCCUGACACAAAUGAAAUAUCUUCUGAGAACCAUUGCAACAAACCAAGAAUAAAACCACCUGAUUAUAUAGGAGUGUUGAUAGCAGCUUGAUACACCAGGCUGAGCACCUGGGAAAACCAGAUUUUUUUCCUUGGGAGAACUUGGGGGAGGGUGGGGGAGGGAGGGCAUGGUGGUGGGAAGGGAGAGGGUGCUUGCCUGCUGGCUUUGUUUGAAAGGUCUCUGGCCAAAUUGGGCCUGGACCUUCUGAUUUGCACAGUGAUGUAAACUGACCUGGCACUUCCUCAAAAGGUGGUUUUGACCUGAGACAUACCAAGCAGUUGCAGGGUGGUGGGACCCCUAUGUCCCAAGACCUUGGAAGGCUAGGUGCCCUGUGUAAUCCAGACCUGGGCCUCUGAGCCUUCAUGGACCCACUUGGAUGAGGAGCUUCCUCCUGAUUGGAAUGGGAACCUAUGGCAUUUCUCUCCCUUUCCCUCAGCCCUUCCCAGUGCCGAGGCUCACCUGUCUGUCUGUGGGGCUGGCAGACAGGCCACGCUCUUGGUUACCUUAUGCCAUUCAUGGCCAAAGUGAAGGAACCCUAUUCCAGGUGGGUGCUGGUGGCUCUGAAGGUCAUGAUAGUGAAGGAAAAGCAAUAGCAAUAAACAUUUUAUAGACUCAUGGAACUGAAGGGACCUCAGCAAUCAUCUCAUCCAUUCCCUGUUUGACAGAUGAGGGAACUGAGGCCCAGAAAGGAGGAAAGGACUUCCCUAGAUCUCACAGUAAAUUAGCAUUAAAUGCGGCCUUGCUACCCAGGGCCAUGUUGCCUACAAAAAUUUACCUAGGAAUGGAUUAGCUUGGUUUUAAAAAAAUUAAGUCAGCAGUGCCCACACCUGGCAGACUCUGGAACAGUCUCUGGGCUUUUGUUUCUGCUCUUUUCCUUCAUGGACUCCGAAGGCAGGGGCUGAAGACUGGGCGGAGGCCACAUGGGGGCAGAUGACAGGAACAGAAAAUGCAAACGAAGAAAUAGCAUUUGGAAAUUCUGUGAAGACAUCUGCAACGUUUGUCCUAUACCUGACUCCAACCCUAGGAGAGGGAGCAAGUGGGCUGAAAAGGAGAGGCCAUGAUUUUAGGACACUAUCCCCUCAUUCUGAGAGGAGAGGAAGAGGAGCUUCCUGAGAGGAGAGUGGGAACCAUCAGGAAAGGAGGACGAGGAUGAGGCCCAGGAGACUUAGGCUCAUCUGGGAGAAGAGGUGCCCCAGGGACGAGGGGCCCCUUCUAGUCUCAGCCAGGAGCCUGGAUUGCCCAGCAUUGCUCUCUUGCCCUCCAGUGCUUGGCUGGGCCAGCAGCCCCUCUAGGGUGGAGCAGGAACCUGGCAUUUUACUGUACAAAAUGGGAUCAUUGAGAACAUUUCAGACUUUUAAGUUUCUAUUUUUAUUUUAAAUUGGUGCAAACUUGGAUAG